AUGGAGGACCAGCAGGCAGAAAACAUAUCGGGACAUGAUGAGCUUAUGUUAGCGCCAGCUCCAAGUAAGUCGCCAAAAACAUUACCGUCUUCUUUCAGCUCAGACGAGGAAAUGAUUACGUUUGGUUGGCAAUACAAUUCACUAAUUAGCGAGGAAAUAGUCCGCAUGAGAAAUCUCCAGGAAAGAAUUUCGACUUCCCAGCUUGCAGGGCAUGCUCAAGAGAACUUCGGCGGGCAAGAUGAACAGGAAGUCGCGGCCCGCUCAGUAUUUGUGGGAAAUCUGAGCCAUUACGACACAGCUAAACAGUUACAGGAAUUGUUUGAGAACAGAGUGAGCCGGGUCAACAGAGUAGAUAUUCAAGUCAAUACGAAAACGCAGCUGACACGGGGAUUCGCGUAUGUCGAAUUUGCUCAACCGAAAGACGUUCUUGAGGCAACAAAGCUUGAUGGGAUGGUAUUGUCUGAAAGGCCAUUGAAAAUUGUUCCCAAAAUGCCGCACUGUGUUUGGAACAAGAAAAGGUUAGGUGGGAGAGAGAGCUAUGCCGAGCCGCAUCGUGGUAUUCAUCUAGGCCAUGUUGAACAAUUCGUGAGGGGAAGAGGCAGAGGUAGAGGUAGAGGUAGAGGCAGAGGCAGAGGCAGAGGCAUGGGCAUGUGUCGAGGUAGAUUGAGAGGAAGAGGCAAGCGCUUUGGGUGA